CUACCGAUUUGUCUCUAACGUAGCGAUAUUUGUAUUUACUGUUUGUUUACAAGCUACAUAAUUAAUUAUAAUAGUACAUGCAUAGCGAGCUAGGGCGCAGCUAUGAGGAGAGCAAUGAGGGGGCUGAGAUGGAGGUCUGUAGAGAGGUCUCAUCCAACAGUGGACUUCUCAGACACCAAGAAAGCAUAUUGUCUCAAGAGCUUCUCUGAAUUGUUAAGACACUAUUUACUCUACAAAAUGUUUGGAUUUAAGAGCCUUGUCCGGCACAGUAACAAGUUGCUGGUGUGGGGUGAGACAGUGUUGGGGCGCAGGCUGUUUGAAUGGACCAUGCAUAAGACAGUGUAUGGGCAGUUUGUGGGAGGAGCCUCUCUUACCACCCUGAGACCUUGUGUGGAUAGCCUCUCUAAAUCUGGAGUUCAUUCUAUUCUAGACUAUGCUGUUGAGGAGGAUGUACCUGACACUGUCGUCAUGGAAACCCGCUCAUUGGCUGCUGGUCAGUAUCAGCCAGUCAGUAGAGAUACUACAAUGGAGGCAAGUGCGCGUACAUACAUGUUUGUGGAUGAGACACAUUGUGAUGAUAACAAGAGGAACUUUCUGAGCUGUAUAAGGACCGCAGCAGAGGUGACAGAACAUGGGCGACCAUUUGCUGCCAUCAAGCUCACUGGUCUUGGACGUGUAGAGUUUCUGUUGCGUUUGAGUCAAGCUGUUCGAGGUGUUGAGGGAGUGUUUAGGAGAUUGGCUGGUACACACAAUGUCCUGUGUGGUCAGAUAAGUGUCAGCUCAUUACAGAAGGGACUAAGAGAGUUGGGAGUAUCUCUGUCUGACUGUGAAGUGGAGCUCUUGUUUGAGGAACUAGACAGUGAUCGUUCUGGGGCCAUCUCGUACCAUGAGUGGCUGAAUCGGUUUCAGCCAUCGCGAUCGUUACAUCGCCUCCUGAGAGGUAGUGAGGAGUUACAGGCUGUGCUGUGCGUGCUGAAUGAAGAGGAGGUGGACCAGAUGAAGCGUAUGGUGGAUAGGGCCAGAGAACUAGCAGAGACUGCUGGAGAAUGUGGGGUAGGACUAAUGGUGGAUGCAGAGCAGACAUACUUUCAACCUGCUAUUAGACACAUUGUGGUCAAUAUCCUAAUGCCCAGUUACAAUGUUGGGGCUGAGACAGUGGUCUACAAUACUCAGCAGUGUUAUCUCAAGGAUGCUGAGAGGAGUCUCCUGUGUGAUCUUGCCCUCUCUGACUUGUCUGGUUUCUCUUAUGGUGUCAAAUUGGUUCGUGGAGCAUACUUAUCUCAAGAGCGGAGCAAAGCAGCAAUGGAGGGCUAUCCUGAUCCCAUCUGGCCUGACAAAGCUGCCACUGAUACGUGCUACAACUCACUGCUUAGACUGUGCAUACAGAGAGCUGGACAAGGAACUGCUCAUAUUAUGGUGGCCUCUCAUAACAAGCGAAGUAUUCAGCAUGCCCUUACAUGCAUGUCUGAAGUUGGGCUGAAUCCAUUCACAAGACAAGUGGUAUUUGGGCAGUUACUAGGCAUGUGCGACCACCUCACUCUACCACUCGGGCAAGCUGGAUACCAAGCAUACAAGUAUGUGCCCUAUGGCCCUGUCAUGGAGGUCCUACCAUAUCUGGUGAGGAGAGCUCAUGAGAACAGCUCUCUUAUGAACAGUGUAAGUGCAGCAGAGGAACAAGCACUUGUCAGAACUGAACUCUUGAGAAGAAUGAACCCUUUCGAGUAAAAAUGAAUGUCUUUUUUAAGUAGCACAAUCUAACCAAAACAGUCAAACAAUAAUCACUACAGCUACUACAGUUAGUGGUUGUGUUCAUAUCUAUAUAUUAGUGUCUGUUGAUUC